AUGACUCCUCUGGAUCUGAAGACUGAGACCAUCAAGGUGGAUCUCAAACGCCUGGCCACAGACAUCACCUACGGAAAACAGCUCUCCCAAGGAAAAGGCUUUCGUAUCUACGAUGACUCCUUUUCCAAGCUUCUUGGAUCCAAUCCUAGCAUCACUCAAGUCCAAAGCCGAGAUUAUCAGUUUGCACAUGAGGCAGGCGUGUACAUCAAGUCAACCAACCGCGUCUACUUUACCGCAAACUUCCAGACUUGCGACCCCAUCGCGUUGUACUCUGUAGACGCCUCUUCCCUCAAAGUCGCAGACGAUGAUUUCAGCGGUAUAGUUCAAGCAAACGGCGCCUGCAACUACAAAGACAAAAUCCUCUAUUGCUGUCAAGGCGACAAGACCAAUCCCUCGGGCUUGGUGCUUGUAGACCCAAUCUCCAAAACCUCAGAAACCCUCAUCAACAAUUUCCAAGGCCGCCCUUUCAACAGCGUAAACGAUGUAAUAAUCCACCACGCCAACGACGAAAUCUGGUUUACAGAUCCUACCUACGGGUAUGAACAAGCCUUCCGCCCAUCCCCCGACUUGCCGUCUCAAAUCUACCGGUUCAACCCACGAACAAACCAAAUCUGGUGUGUUGCAGAUGGGUUCGUGCAAUGUAAUGGACUUUGCUUUUCUCCCGACUACAAGAAAAUGUAUGUUACGGAUACGGGAGCAUGUCAAGCGCACACCGGCCCCAAAGACGGCCACAACUUUUCCAUGAACCCGAGGUUACCAGCUACAAUCUACGUCUACGACGUCCUCGAAAACGGCACGCAGCUUGGCAAUCGCAAAACCUUUGCCUACUGUGACAAUGGUGUUCCUGAUGGAAUCAAAUGCGACGAAGAAGGAAAUGUGUAUUCGGGAUGUGGGGAUGGAGUGCAUGUGUGGAAUGCGCAAGGAACUUUGAUUGGAAAGAUUGUUACGGGAGGUUGUGUGGCUAAUUUCUGCUUUUCGAAGGAGGGCAUGUGGAUGUUUGGGGAAGAGGAGUUGUAUCUUUGUAGGUUGGGUGCUAAGGGGGCUUUGGUGGGUAUUGAGUGUGAGUAG